AUGUCCGCCGAGCGCCAAGAUGCUCCGCGUGGUUUCUUGACCAGGGCGAAGCUCACUUGGAAGACGCCAGCCGCCAAUCAGACAGCCCUAAGAGGGAACGUGGCCCCCGGUCGGGGAUUCCCGUGCGUCUUGCUCGUAUGCCUUCUUGGCCUGCUUGGCGCUGAUACCCUCGACCCAAUCCAAGAGGAAGGUGCCAGCAUGCUUCGAGCAGAAGUGUCAGAUGCUCUAGAACAGUCUCGAAGGGUGCAAGGGAAGCAGCAUGCCAUUGGAGACCCGCUAUCUGGUGAAAUCCUAUCGCUAAACGCUUCCGUUAUGUACAUACCCCCGAGACUCUAG